UAUAUUUAAUUUCAACAUACCAAUUACAAUUCUAUAAAAAUGGCACCCAUCGCAGUGGGAGAAACCAUCCCUAACAGAAAUUUAACUUACUUAGAUGACUCGCAAACCAAACAGGAUGUUUCCCUCCAUUCCUUAGCCGGCGGAAAACUUGUCGUUAUUGUCGCUGUUCCCGGUGCCUACACCCCUACCUGCAGUCUGAAGCAUGUGCCUGGAUUUAUCGAAAAGGCCGAGGAAUUAAAGUCUAAGGGAGUUGCUGAAAUCAUUUGUAUAAGUGUAAAUGACCACUUUGUGAUGAAAGAAUGGUCGAAAACAUUCCCACAAAACAAGGACGUGAAGUUUCUUGCGGAUGGCUCAGCAGCUUUUGCACGUGCAGUGGGUCUUGAGAUAGACCUUAGUGAGUACGGGUUCGGUAAGAGGUCUCAAAGGUAUGCUUUGCUCGUUGACGAUCUCAAAGUUAAAGUAGCCAACAUUGAAGCCACCGGAGAAUACUCGGUCUCAAAUGUCGACCAAAUUCUCAAAGCCCUUUAAAUUUUACAUAUAUAUAAACGCUUAUUUUUUAAAAAUAAUGAUUAUUAUUAUACUCUAAGAAGGCGGAGCUAUGUAUAAGAAUAAACAUUAGUUAUAUCAUCUGACAUGUAAUUUGGUUGUA